GUCCUGAAAUUUUCCCCUAUAAAAACCCAUCAUUCUUACACCAUUUCUCUAUCGCCUUUCUUUAUUACAGAUUCCCUCUUUAAUCCCAACCAGCCAAAUCUCUCUCAACUGACAUAACAAUCAUGAGCUCCUCUGCUUCCUUUUCUUCUUCUUUCCUUUCUCCAUCCGACCAAGAAAAUCUUAUCCACAAACUCGGUGUCUUCAAGAUCCAUGGCAGAGACAAGCGUGGUCGUAAGGUUCUUCUCAUAAUCGGCAAGCUCUUCCCUGCUCGGCUGGUGAGCAGCGAGGUAUUGAACAAAUACUUGAGGGAGAAAAUCUUCCCAAAAUUGGAGGAAGGGCCAUUCUCAAUUGUGUAUGUGCAUACUGAUGUUCAAAGGAGCGAAAAUUUCCCAGGAAUUUCAGCUUUACGAUCAAUUUAUGAAGCAAUUCCAAUCAACGUUAAGAAUCUUCUUCAGGCUGUGUACUUCGUUCACCCUGGUCUUCAAGCCAGACUCUUCCUUGCAACAUUUGGGCGUCUUAUGUUCACUGGAGGGUUAUACUGGAAGCUGAAAUAUGUGAACAGGUUGGAGUUUCUGUGGGACCAUGUGAGGAGGAACGAGAUUGAGAUACCAGAGUUUGUUUAUGAUCAUGAUGAAGAGCUGGAGUACCGUCCGAUGAUGGACUAUGGAUUAGAGAGCGAUCACCCAAGAAUUCUCCACGUGGAUAAUCCAGUUUCUAUGUACUCAAUGCGAUGCAUCGCAUAGCAUAAGAUCUUGGCUCGCUCUCUCUCUCUGUAUCUCUUUCCCAAACCUUGCAUGUACAUAAUACAUAUGGCGAAAUGGGAAAAAGAAGGUUGUCGUUUUCGAUUGCGAGUUUUGGAGAUUUUUUUAUUUUUAUUUUUUGGUUUAUGCUGUAGAAAGUAGCAAGAUAGUCGUGGAAAGUGGAAACAAUUCAAAGAAGAAAGUAAUACCGUUUCAGACGAAUUUGAGGGAUCAUGUCUGUUUAAAGCCCAGUACGAUGAAGUGCAUAUUAAGCCCAGACAAACUUUGGAGACAACCGUUUGCUGUCGGGUCGUAAUGGCCCAGGACAUAUAUUGAUUUUUUUAUGGGUUGUUUUCUCGAAAUCGAAUUCCAAAAUAUGUCUGUAAUUUUUUUUUUUCAGUCGGCUCAUUUAUUUUAAGUAAAUAAUCAAUAAGGGGAGUAGUAAUGAAUGAUGAUCAAGGUACCCAGAACAGAGAACUCGUAAAGGAAGUCGAUUCACCGUGGCUUUAUGCCUAAUUUCGUUUAGGCUUUUGCUCUUCGAGCUUUGGCAACUUCGGCAAAAAAGUCAAAAAAAAAAAAAACAAA